CGUUAUUUCACAGCAAAACGUUACGCGAACGUCAUUACUGUUUUUUCCGUGAGUUUGACAACACCAGACUUUAUUCAUGUUUAGCCACUCGGGGUGAUUUUUGAACAGUUUUGUUUUGAUUCCAUUUUCCCAGGAAAGAAAACGCUACAUAGCAAACGAAGAAGACCAGAGUGAUUGGAAAAGUGGAUGACGAGGUUUUCCGUUUUUAUUUUUAGCUCCAUUCAGUAACAGAGAGCCGAAGCUCUUGUCAGAAGUGUAGGAGAAAAAAGAGAAGAGGUGUGUGUUGUGUAAACAACUUGUUUUCAUGCGAAUCUUUCGACCAAGUCGAGUGUAGAGUAAAGAGGAAAAUCACUCCGGGGAAACAGUUUAGCAAGAAUCUUCGAGGAGAACAGAUCACCACUGAAUAUUAGACUUCUUCACAGUGAAAUUUCGGUCGUGAUUUUUGCAGUGGAACAGAACUGUCACAUUAAGCGUUGCAGGUGUUUUGAGAACCUGACCUCGAGUGCAUUCAUUUUUGAGAAUUUUUAAUCUGAUAUCGAGGGAUCCUAAGGAGUCACUAUCCAAAAGGAAAGGUGUGAAAAUGGAUAAUCUGGAUUUGCUACUGAAUGUUCAUAGUAAUUUGGAACCACCGAAACCCGAUGGAAGCACCUAUCUGAUGCGGGGAAACUAUCACUAUUAUCACUAUGGCUGUGAUGGAUUUCAGGAUGUGGGUUGGGGCUGCGGAUACCGAACGCUGCAGUCAAUUUGCUCUUGGAUCAUCCAGAAUAAAGGCGUAGACAAGGAGGUGCCGAACAUUCCAACCAUUCAGCAAACGUUGGUCGAGAUAAAGGACAAACCGGAGCGGUUUUUCGGCUCUCGUGAGUGGAUCGGUACCCUGGAGGCCAUCUACGUGAUUGAUACCUUGUUCGACGUUUCGUGUAAGGUUAUCCACAUAUCGAAGAAAGAUAGCAUUACCAAACAUAGCGAUACGCUGAAGGAGUAUUUCGAGCAAUACGGUGGACUGAUCAUGAUGGGAGGAGACAUGGACGCAGCAUCGAAGGGCAUCGCUGGAAUCCACGUGAGUGACGAUCAGGAUACGUACCUGCUGGUCAUCGAUCCUCAUUUCGUGGGCAAAAUCAAAACGAAAGAAGAACUCUACACGAAGAGCUAUGUAAAGUGGCAGAAAGUGGAUGAAUUUGUGGACAGCUCGUUCUACAACCUCUGUCUUCCGAUGUUGAAGGUGAAAGAUGCUCCCUAAAACUUGCAUGGAUUAUUUAAGGCGUAGGUAUAGUAAGCAUUUAACGCGAAAUUUCACAUGUAUUAGGAAUUAUGCAUCACUUACCGAAACGAUCGCACAUAUUGAAAGCGAUAUAAUUGGAGCAUGAUUAAUAGGAAGUACGCCGUAUGAAAGACGUAUAAUGUCAAAUUGUUCUCAACAGUUUUAGGGUAUUGAAAUAUCUGCAAGAAUAUCUAUUUGUCGCGUAGAUUAAUAUAAGGGUUCAUAAAGCCGUAAUUCACCCCCACUUUGAUGAAGAUGAGAACACCUUUUACCUGUCAAUGGUCGUGUUUUGUAUUUAAAUCCAUUGAUAUGCCCAGAAACAACAAGCGACACAUUGGGUUGUGAAAGGAUGCGCGUCAGCAUUCAAACCCGUAGGUACGAAAGUCAAGAUGGCAAGAUGUUUGUAUCUAGAGAAUUCAAGAACCGCAGCGAAAAUAGCUAGACACUUUUGGCAUGGCCGCCGCGUACAUAUAUAUAUAUUGUGUUGGAGCUUUUACAUUUGCCCAAAUUUUACUGAUUACUUAUGCCUAUUCAGAUUUAUGUUUAGAGCAGGCGGGUCCAACCUUCUUGGAACCCGGGCCAAAUUUCAAAAACAAUGUCGCGCGGUGUUUUUUUUUAUUCAUGAAUAAGCCAUUCAAACAAUUUCGUAACAUAGAACCAAAGUCAGUUAGUAAAAAAUGUUCAGAGAUCC